UUAAUCUGGACACAAUAAUGCUGCAUGUGUAUUCUGCAGAUUCACUAUAGACCUGCCCACACACCUGAGGUCACAUGACUCCAGGUGAAACUGGUCCGACAGGUGACAGAGUAAAAGUAUUUGGAGACGACACUGACGCACUCCUACAACAUGGACCCACCUGGACCUGGACCCGGGUCUCAACCCAGACCUGAACCUGCUCCCAGCUCUGUGUCUCUGAAAAGUGACCGCUCCAAAAAUUAUCCUCCAGACUUUGAAGAAGAAGCUCCUCCUGAAGACCAGUGGGAGCCAGGCCCAAAGGAGCAGCUGGACGCCAUAUUCAGGCGUCUGGAGGAGAAUGUCCUGACUUUUGUCAAAGAGCAGCUGCAGAGGCUCCACAGGCUCCUGGCCUCAGAUUACCCAGAAUGCUCUGAGAGUGAGGAGGAGGAGCAGAGCAGCAGAGAGGUUCUGAACAUCACCCUGGACUUCCUGAGGAGGAUGGACCAGGAGCAGCUGGCCCAGCGCCUGCAGAACAGAAACACUGUUGGAGUUUGUCAAGAUAAACUGAAGUGUGAUCUGCAGCAGAGGUUCAGUCGUGUGUUUGAGGGCGUGGCUAAAGCAGGAGACUCCGCCCCCCUGACCCAGAUCUACACAGAGCUCUACAUCACAGAGGGCGGAGCCUCAGAGGUCAACCAGGAACAUGAGGUCAGACUCAUGGAGACGGCGUCCAGGAGACCGGCCGCUCCAGAGACCAUCACAUGUGAAGAGCUCUUUAAACCCCGCCCACAUUCACCAGAGCCAAUCAGAUUUGUGCUGACGAAGGGCGUGGCCGGCGUGGGGAAAACAGUGCUGACUCAGAAGUUCAGUCUGGACUGGGCUGAAGGCCGGGCCCACCAGGACCUCCAGCUGCUGUUCCCGUUCACUUUCAGAGAGCUCAAUGUGCUCAGAGACACACAGUUCAGCCUGGUGGAGCUGCUGCACCACUUCUUCAGUCCAUCCAAACAUCUCUGCAGCUUCCAACAGCUCCAGGUGCUCUUCAUCUUUGACGGUCUGGACGAGUGCAGACUUCCUCUGGACUUCAGUCGAACCCGAGUCCUGAGCGACCCCACAGAGUCCACCUCAGUGCACGUGCUGCUGGUGAACCUCAUCAGGGGGAGCCUGCUUCCCUCCGCUCUCCUCUGGAUAACCACGCGCCCCGCCGCGGCCAAUCAGAUCCCUGCUGAGUGCGUCUCCAUGGUGACAGAGGUCAGAGGGUUCACCGACCCACAGAAGGAGCAGUACUUCAGGAAGAGGUUCAGAGACCAGGCCACAGCCGUCAUCUCCCACAUCAAGAGCAUCCGCAGCCUCCACAUCAUGAGCCACAUCCCGAUCUUUCUGCCGAAGUCCAGAACAUCAAGUAUCACCAGGGAUCAGGGGAGGACCUUCACUGGACUCCAGAGACCAGGGAGAUGGUGA